GAAAGAUACAGGUUUUCUGCAGAUGGCAUCAGGUAUCUAUGCAGACUACUGGGUCCCAGGAUUAAGCACCGCACUGCACGGAGCCAUGCACUGAGUGUGGAGCAAAUGGUUUGUGUGGCCUUGCGCUUUUUUGCUAGUGGAGCCUUCCUGUACUCAGUGGGGGAUGCAGAACAGCUGAACAAGGCCACAAUUUGCCGCACAAUAAGGAGUGUGUGUCUGGCUAUCAAAGCAUUAGCAGAUGUCUUCAUCUCCUUCCCUGGCCACAGAAGACUCUGUGACAUCAAAGAGGAGUUCUAUAGGAUUGCAGGUUUCCCCAAUGUCAUUGGUGCAGUGGACUGCACACACAUAAGGAUAAAAGCCCCCUCAGGUGCCCAUGAGGCCGAUUUUGUGAAUAGGAAAUCCUUUCACAGCAUUAAUGUUCAGAUGGUCUGCAAUGCUGACUGUGUGAUCAGCAAUGUUGUGGCAAAAUGGCCUGGCUCAGUCCAUGACUCCAGAAUCUUUCGGGCCUCUGAAAUCUAUCAGUGCCUAUCACAAGGUGAAUUCUCUGGUGUGUUGCUGGGAGACAGGGGGUAUGGCUGCCAGCCUUUUCUCCUGACACCUUUCACAGACCCCCAGGAAGCACAGCAGGCCUACAACCAUGCCCAUGCCAGGACCAGGGCCAGAGUUGAAAUGACCUUUGGCCUCCUGAAGGCACGCUUUCACUGCCUUCACAAAUUAAGGGUCAGCCCUGUUAGGGCAUGUGAUAUUACUGUGGCUUGUGCUGUCCUCCACAAUGUGGCCUGCCUGAGGAAGGAGAGGGCCCCCAGAGUGCCACCAGCCAUGGACUGGGACAAUCCGGCAAUCUUCCCUGAUGACGACAGUGGUCGGCUGCUGAGGGACCAAUAUGUGUUGAAUUAUUUUAGUUAGUAUGUGUGCUUUCAAUUUUGGUUAAAUAUGUCCUGCGGUGGCAGAGGAAUUUGUUUUUUUUUGGGUUCGUUUUUUUACGAAUUUGGCCUCUUAUGAUGUUUGUGCGGUAUACUGUGUGUAAUACAAGGCUGCAGGGAGGCUACUGCAUCCAUUCAUUUGUCUGUUCAGUUGAUGUGUAUGGAUUUGUCCUGCAUUUAUUUUAGUGUGCAGACAUGCAGGGUGUGUUAUAUACAGACCUUUGAAUGUGUAUGUAUCAUUUUGUAUAAUAUGCUUGGAUUCUGUGCUUUCCAUCUUGUAGAGUCACUGUGACUUCAGUUUCGAAAGGAGCUGAUGGUUUAC